AUGCUGUCUUUAGCGCUGUUCUACCUUUUGGCCGUGAUCUGCUCUGCAAGAAGGACCCAUGCUCUACCGAUUUAUCCUGAUGCCGACCCGGAACCACAGGCAGAUUUCAUGCAGAAGUUAGCGGCAGAGGUGGAGGAUGGAGAGAUCCCGGUUCAGGGGGAACAGAGAGAGGGGAACAACCUCUAUCCGCUUCUCGAUCAGCUCUACGGGGGCAGGGACUCCUGGAACAAAGGGAUCACUAAAGAUUCCACUCCCAAAGAGUCAUACUCCAACAUGGUGGACGACCUUAAAGAAGUGGUGUUGAAGUUGGCAGCGGCGGACAAGCUUCGCUCACAGGGCUUUCUUCGAUCCGGGCAGAGCUUACCUAAGACCAACAAGAGGGCAUGCUUCUGGAAAUACUGCGUGACCAACUAGGACGUUUCCAUGAUGAUCAAAAAUCCUUAUCCUCAUCAUAUUCUUGUGUCGCGAAGUGAACAUUUGAUUUUUACACAUAACAUUAUUUUAUACAUAUUGCCAAGAAUAUA